AUGGCGCCGCCCAUCCUGCCCGUCCUCUCCUUCAUCGCGGCCGGAACCCUCGCCCUCGCCUUCCGCAGCAAACUCACCGACUGGGCGGUCUCGCUCCUCGGUCUGGCGCUCCUGGUCAAGAUCGCGCUCGACGGCGUAGAGGGCCCCGUGGGCGAAGUUUGGAUCUUCGGCAUGGCCGUCUCCGGUCUCGUGGUGAAGUUUUGGAAUUAUGUGCUCGUGCUGGCGCCUGGAGAUCUGCAGUAUAGCAGCACCAGGAGCGCGAGGCGCGACUCGUCCCGACGGGUCGGUCAGUCGGCGAAGAAGGUCAAGCAGGCUGUGUCGCUGGCGCAGAGCGCCUGGGAUAGACUCUUAGACGGGCUGGAUCUGAUGCUCUGUGGUCGUGGUAUUGGGAGGUGAGUUUUCUUCUACAUCUCGUCAGACGACUCAUCAUCCAAAAAGACUAUGCGCGUAAGAUUGACGCAAGUGAUGGUCUAGGAAGUUCGAACUCCGCAGUCUCUACCGCCACCACCAAGCGCCUCCCAGAGCGGGCAUCUUCGUCUGUCAACAGAUCUACGGGGCUGCCUGGCGCUUCCUCAUCCUCGACCUCCUACGCUAUCUCCUGUGCAAGACUCCCCUCGCGAGCAGAACCGAGCACCAACUCCUCCGAGGCCCACUCGACUACGGAGUCCUCGUCACCAUCGCCUUCGGCGCCUUCGUCUGGCAAUGGACGCGCUGGCGCAUGGAAUUCCAAUACCAGCUCGCAUGCAUCCUCGGCGUCUCCCUCGGCUGGGGCACACCCGCCGACUGGCCCCCGAUCUUCGGCUCCUGGAAGCAAGCCUGGAGCGUCAGGCGGUGCUGGUCACACGCCUGGCAUCACAACCUGCGACUGCAGACCGAGCCGCCGACCAACUGGUUCGUGCGCGACGUGUGCGGCGCCCAGGGCAAGUCGGCAUUCGCAAAGUAUGGCCGUGUGGCCGGGGUAUUUCUCGUUGCGUGCGUGAUCCACAUGUACGGGCGGCUGCUCGCCGGGGCGGACUUGCGGGUCGACGGGAAUUAUUUCUUCGGGCAGUGUGUUUUGAUUGUCGUGGAGGAUUGGUUCCAGAGCAUGGUAUAUCGGAAUGGGUGGAUCGGGGAGGAUUCGAAGGUGGGGGUUUGGGGUGGCUAUGUGUGGACUUUUGUCGUGCAGUGUUGGACUAUUGCUUGGUGGACGGAUGAGUUGGUCCGCAAGGGUUGGCUGGCGGAGCCCGUGUUCAACGUUUCCGUCGUUGAUGUGGUUGUGCCGUGGUUGCAAGGGCAGUUCGGUCAAAAGGCUUACUAG